AUGUCUCAGCAGGAUCUGGACCGUGCCUAUGGCCGACCGCCCAGCAAUGGCUCCCCUGAACAGUACCCGGUUCACAUCCGUUCUAGAUCUACCGCACAUGCGCAAAGUCCAAAGCGGCUGUCUGUUCUAGGCGGCCGCUCUCGCAGCAAUACCACAACUUCCACCUCUUCCCGUCGUUCACCGGGUUCCUCAAUAACCUCGGUCGAGGCUCCCUCGUUGCCCUCCUAUGAGGACCGGGGGGACCGGGCCGGUUCGUCGGCUGGCUUUCGCUAUGACCGUUCAGAGAGCGUAACGAAAUCGCUUUUAUCACGUGGAAGUCGCAUUCUGCGUCGUCGGGGAAGCAAGUUUCACAUAGUCUCAACGCUGGACGAGGAAGAUGAGGUGGACCGCGAAAAGCCCCGGUUUGAAGUUUCCGACCUCUUCAGCCGGCAUCAUAAGCCACGACAGAGUGACGCACAUGAUCAGCUGAAGAGCUUGAUCUCAGACCCAUUCGACUUUCACCAUCUGACCCACACAAGCCCAUCUCAGUUCCAGUCCCUCGAAAAGGCUUGCGAGACUGACUUGGUCACGGAAUUUUCUGCCAUACGUGCCUCACAAAGACCUGUCACCAAUCUCAAGGGCAUCCAAGCUCAAGAUCUGCAUUUUCAUGAUUUCUCAUCGGAAGAUCUCAAUCAAUUCGGGGCAGCUAUUGCUGACAACGAUGUCGCUACUGACACAUUACCAGUAAGCCCGCCGGCGUCGCCGGGUGGCUCCUCCUCUAUUAGUCCUAAGCAGCACGACAUUCGGAGACAAUCAGAGUCGCGCGCCUUCGAAAACUUCUCACGACCUGUUCCCAGGUUUUCCAAAGGGCCAGGGGAAGCGACUUCUCCGCCGAGGGCUCCUUCACCUAAGCUGGCGUCUUCUCCUGAGUUGCCUGAGCCAGCCCCUCGAGCUAUUGAUGAGAUUUUGGGCUUGUCCAGCCAACCAACAUACCCUGAGCAUGUAUAUUCGCAGGAUGGUGACGAUCUCGAUGAUGAUGUAUAUGGAAAUGCUUCAUGGUCCCAGCUACACGUACAGGAUAUGUUUCCAAUUUCCGCCACCCAUGCGGUUACCACGGAUGCUGGCCACGAGGGGCUGGAUGUUAGGACCUCGUCCAUGUCUCUGACCAGCCUGUCCUAUGAUUUGGAAGGAGUCCCAGAGGAAGAGGAAGGUGAUGAUGAAGCAGUCGCAAGCUUAGAGCAUAGGGUCGAGCCCGAGUUUCCCACUGCCGACGAUCCCUCUCAGGCAACCACGGGGUUCAGCUCACUUCCAUUGGCCAAGAUCCAGUCGGCUUCCGCGGCUGCUCCUGAGCUGUCUGUAUACGUGACUCAGGAUUUAGCAAGGAAAUUGUCUGAGGCACUUGGCUCUCCGACCCUCCCUCAAGCCCGACCCACGACAGAAGCACCAAUGACUGAACGUACAAUUUCGGAAAAUGCCAGGAGGCGGUCCUCGGUCGCCAUGCGAACUGUCCCUGAGACUAUCUAUGACUCGUGGGAUGCUGAUAUCGACUAUUGCUAUGAGCAUGCAGCCGAAUCGAAUUCGAACUUCGACUGGACUCGCAAUUCCGUCGACGAGCCACGAGCGGAUGUGAUGACGGUUGAGGCCGACACUGCGGCAGAUGGAGACAAAACCACGGUUUCGUUCAAUCGUCUGAGCGCCAACGCCGUAUCCGCUACGGACCGGGACUCCAUUCCUUCAUUCUCGGAAGUCAGCUCCCACGUGGCUGUUACUCCUUCCACAGCUGAGUAUGACGCCGGGAUGGCCGUUUCCCAGAGAGACAGUGAUUACUUCCGUCCUGUCAGGUUUGGGCCUGCCCUGAACAAGUCAAUGAAUCCAGAGUCCUUGUAUGAGGACUACUUGACAGCAGAUGCGGAAUCGGAUCGUCACUUUUCGUUCUAUUCGCAGCAAGGUGUAAUUCAGCCUAUCGAGCAUUCCAUCUCCCCUCGCAGCAGCUUCUCCCCUAUCAGCAAGUGCAAUUCCCAGGAGAGUUUGAUCUUAUCCCGCGCGGCGUCGGUUGUGCGCAAACAUCGAUCGUCCGUGUCGACCGCUAGCGUCCCGGACCUAGUGCACAGUCUGACAAACAGCCGCGAGCUGAUUCCAACUGAACAGAUCCUUUCGGGCGAAUGUACUGCGGUUGGGAGACCAGACUCCUCCCACCAUAGACAAACCAAGAGCCUUGCACGGGAACUUGAAGCACAGAUGCUGUAUCGUGCGGAACCGGAGGCAAGCUUCGAGCCUAUGGGACCUGGCUUUGCCAUCAUUCCUUCCAUCCACGACCGAGCCAAAUCCACGAGCGAAGUCGAAGCGGCACCCUUAGCUGUCGCGGCUGCUUCUAGAAUCGCGCCUCGUCGUAAAGGGAGGGCGUCUUAUUCCCUCUUUCCUGCGGCUGCGAACUGA